AUGUCAGCUAUAUUUUGCAUUCCCGGUCAGCACCUCGUAUUUAGACCCAUUGUAUACAUCAAUAAUAAUAACAACUCUACAGACAAUUACUAUAAUAAUGAACACUACGUAAAGUGCCGUACGAUAGCGCCGGUACGCCAGUCCAUAGACUAUCGUCGGGUGUGUUUCACAUACCUAUCACAACAUGACAGCCAGUCUACGGACUACCGUCGCUAUGUGAUCGACAAUAAACUCGAUUCGUAUGAUUAUUUAAUGGAAAUGUUUUACGUGGAGAUCAGAAAAACAAUAUCAAAUGUACAGCUCAUUGUACACGCGGGAGGGGAACGGGUGCUGAACUAUGGCAAACAUCGGGCCAUAAAACUCAAAUACAACCCCGAUGUGUACGAGUACGUCGAGUACGAGAAAGUAAUGGUACACUCACUGCCGGCCCCGUAUGACACCCGGUGUGUGGACUACCGACAGGGCCCGACUGGCCAUCAGUCCCGUUACGAAUGCGUUGCCGAGUGUCGGAUACGACGGCUGAGAAGGGCUCUUAAUGGAUGGCCCGGUAAUUAUCUAACUGAUGACUACGGGAGCGAUGGCCGUAUCGUAUUGGACAAAAACCGCACUCUGGAUGCCCUGAUUGGCGCCCAGUGUAGGGUUCUGUGCGGCACCAGCACCGAGUGCUACACCGAGUAUUAUAAUUGCCGUAAAAGUCAUUAUGAUUACGGCAAUGAUGGGACGUGGGGUUACCCGGUGUCGGUAUACCCGCCGCCCCGACCCGAACUCGUUUACCGCAAUUCACCCAAAAUGUCAUUCGAAGAGUUUGUCUCAUUUGCCGGCAGUUUAAUUAGCUUUUGUACACUAUUGGCGGUGCCUAUAGUGUACGGCAACGAUAUAUCUGAUUUCCGGUGCGGCGAUUGGCAGCUAUUGGGCGGACAAAAGUGUUACAAAGUAUUAGAGGGACCGGCGGUCAGUGAGGCGGAGGCGUUGGCCGCGUGUGUGGGCGCCGAUGAGCCCCCACCGGAAGCCUCGAAAGCUGCCAAAGGGGUCGAUGGCGAGGACACGGAUACACCGGCCGUCUAUCAACCAACAGUACUUACCAUCAAAUCGCGUACACAACACGACUAUGUAUUGGACUACUUGCGAAACGUGGUAAAACUCAAGGGACAGGUAUGGCUGGGCGCCGGCAGGAAUUCGGACUCCGGUAGGUUUGAGUGGUCGGACGGCACUGGGAUUCUCUACGACCGGUGGGCAGAGAAUCGGCCCUCCAAUGAGCGCAAAUCGGAUUGCGUUCAAUUGGACCCAAAGUCGGGCAACUGGACAGACGUCCGGUGCGAUCGCACCGCUCGGGUGGUGUGCGAGAGGACACAGUUCUGGACAUUUCCAGACCUCCAGCGCUCGUACUUUGACUUACGACAGGUGUUGGAGUUCAGGGCCGACGAGUUGACCGACCAGUUGGGGGCGCACGAGGAGGUGCUCCGGGCGCUGGACGACCGCCUCUACACACUUGACGACCGGGUGAAAAGCCUUAAAUCGCAACUAGAUCAGUUUAGGACAGAUUUUGGUGGGUAUGUCAACGAAAGCCUGUCCCGAGUGGUGGCCAAUCAUCAGACACUGGCCACACAAGUCAAGACCAUUGGCCAGACGGCUGACCGGUUGGGCGAAGCCGUGUAUCAGUUGCACACCGAGUGUUCAGAGGGCUGUUCGGGAGGCGGAGGGGGCGGCGAUUUAGAGGCCCUGCGCCGGGAGCUGUUGGCCGAGAUUGAGAGCAGGUAUAGCCAAUUGGACGCCGACCUGAAGGGUGUUGUGGCCGACGCCCAGAUCACUCGCAACCGUCAGUUGCAGAUCAAGCAAAAUAAUAAGUGGAAAACUUUGGGUUACGUUCACUAA